CACACACAGACAGACACGCACCACUGGGAGACCAGAACUCCUAGCUGGCUCUCUGCUGCCACAGCUCCACCAAAGGGUGGGGAGGAAGAGAGGAGUGCCCCAGAGUCCAGAGGAGAGGCCGGUGUGAGCAGGUACAUCACCUGGAUCAUGAGGGCAUCCUUCUUCUGGACCCUCCCACUUCUCCUCACCUUGGCCUCAGUGGCCCAAGGCCAACCAAGACCAAAACCUGGGAUUAGGCGGAAACCCAAGCCCAGGCCCACACCCAGCUUUCCUCAGCCCCACGAGCCAGCAGAGCCUACAGACCUGCCUCCGCCCCUUCCUCCCGGCCCUCCAUCUGUCUUCCCUGACUGUCCUAGAGAAUGCUACUGCCCCGCUGACUUCCCAUCAGCCCUCUACUGUGACAGCCGAAACCUCCGCAAGGUCCCUGUCAUCCCACCACGCAUACAUUACCUUUACCUGCAGAACAACUUCAUCACCGAGCUCCCUCUGGAGUCUUUCAAGAAUGCCACAGGCCUGAGGUGGAUCAACCUGGACAACAACCGAAUCCGCAAGGUGGACCAGAGGGUGCUGGAGAAGCUCCCCGGCCUGGCAUUCCUCUACAUGGAGAAGAACCAGCUGGAGGAGGUGCCAUCAGCUCUGCCCAGAAAUCUGGAACAGCUGCGGCUAAGCCAGAACCACAUCUCUAGAAUUCCACCCGGAGUGUUCAGCAAGCUCGAGAACCUGCUGCUCCUGGAUCUGCAGCACAAUAGGCUGAGUGACGGGGUCUUCAAGGCCGACACUUUCCAGGGCCUCAAGAGUCUCAUGCAGCUCAAUCUGGCCCACAACAUCCUGAGAAAGAUGCCACCCAAGGUCCCCCCAGCCAUUCACCAGCUCUACCUGGACAGCAACAAGAUCGAGACCAUCCCCAAUGGCUACUUCAAGGGCUUCCCCAACCUUGCCUUCAUCCGCAUGAACUACAACAAGCUGUCAGAUCGAGGGCUCCCCAAGAACUCCUUCAACAUCUCCAACUUGCUGGUGCUCCACCUGUCACACAACAAGAUCAGCAAUGUGCCGGCCAUCAGCAACAAGCUGGAGCACCUGUACCUCAACAACAACAGCAUUGAGAAAAUCAACGGGACCCAGAUUUGCCCCAACAACCUAGUGGCCUUCCAUGACUUCUCCUCGGAUCUGGAAAAUGUGCCGCACCUGCGCUACCUGCGGCUGGAUGGGAAUUUCCUGAAGCCACCCAUCCCACUGGACCUUAUGAUGUGUUUCCGUCUCCUGCAGUCUGUGAUCAUCUAGGCUGUGCCCAGAGCUGGACUCCCUUCUGACAGCACUUGAAGGCUGGUGGCCCGAGCUCUAGUGUCCAUUUUUCUCUGUCUCCCUCUUGCUCCUGGCCCCGCCUUUCUUCCCAUCCCUUUCUGAGGACGGGAAAUGCCAUGUGCCCUGCUCCAGCUCUAAGCAAGAUUCCCCACCCAGUCCAAAGACACCCUGCCAGUCGAAACCUCUGGUCUUCUUUGGUCUCCCUUUGCUUCAGAAACAUAGGCAUAUGCCAACAGACGCAUCCCCUCCCUCCAUGGGUAAGGCCAUGGACUGACAUGUUUUCUUAGUCUUAGUCAAUCAAGAAUUGGAAGCCAUCCCAGAGGUGCACCCUGGAAAGUUCUGCUGAGAGCUCCUCCACCUUGGGCAUCAUCACCUUGAGAAGGCUGACAAACCCAGGUCUCCUGGGUCAAGAUCCCUUCUUCUAAAACUAUCACUCUGUCCCCCUGUUUCCUGAUACCAGACAUCACCCCACUCUCUGCUGCCUCCAGGAAGGAAGUGUGAGGGAAUGACUGAGGAGGGUCAUGGCUCCUCACACGUGUCUCCAUCAGCCCUUCCUCCUCUCCUCUCCUUUCUCCUUUGGGCCAAGCACAGCACACACCCUCUUGGCUGGGCCUCAGAGGGGAACAGCCAGGGAGAAGAGUGGUUCAAGGAACUAGAAUUUAGCUAAUGGGUGGUGGCUAGGAGUCAGAGGCCCAGAAUGGGCCUGUGUGGAUGCAGAUGAGCCCUACAGUCUCCCUGACCCAAACUUGACAAGAGACCCAAAGCCCUGCAGGGCAGUGUUCACAAGGGAAGGCCAAGAGGCAGCAUCCCAGACUCUCUCUAUUGUUUGUGACCCAGUCCCCACCCCAAAGACAGUUCUUGAGAAACAGGGAAAAGGGGGGUGGAGCACCUGGAAAUCUCCCAGAAGCCUCUUUCACACUGGGGAUUAGCCGCCACCUCUAGAGCAGACUCAUUGGUGACAUCUGGUGGUUGGUGAAGGUCACAGCCUACUCCACUCUCCUUGCAAACAGCUUCCGGAGGCCCCUGCGUGACUGGCUGAGUGUCUGUCUCCUCACCAAUCUAAAGGGAAGGGCAGAGGUGGGGGGGUCACUCCCAUCAUGAGUGAGUGUGAAUGGGGAAGCUUUGGGCGUCUAAGGGAAGCUAGUUUGACCUCGGCCGUGUCAGCUCUCAGCCAGUAGGUGCGAUGUUCCCUCAAGGUCCUCUCAGAGCUGUGUUGCAUGUCUGUGCACAUUCUUCCAGAGCACACCUAAUGCAGGACAAGUGGUGUUACCGGCCCCCUUGCAGUAAUUUAUUCCCUGCACAAGUGCCCCUCCCCCCAAAGAUUUCACUACCCUCCCUUCCAAGCCGAGACCAGCCCAGGAACUUGGCAGGUUUCCAAGAACCUGGGCUUCUGGCCUUUUCAUUCUCCUCAUCUCCCUCUCGGGGAGGCUGCACCUGCCCUGCCACAGUUCCCUGAGUGUAUGAUGGAGAGGAAUAUGGGGAGAUGAAUGUUCUAGAAGUGAGUGAAGUACAGAGCCCACCCUCAUUAGGAUGGGGAAGGCUCUGGAGGCUUUUAUAUCUCCCCAGGAAUAGUGUCACACAACUGUUUUUAAGACAUCGGAUUAUGCUGGUCCUGAUCGUCCAGAAACCCCAUUUAUAUUCUUCUCAUCUGCUCACGAUGGAAAAUAGAGCCCACUUCACACAACCUCUUUUCCUCUUGCCGAGCAACUUCCUCAUUCUUCCUAGUUGCAACUGGUUUCUCCAAGGCUCCUGCUUAAAGUCAAUACAGUAUUACGGCUGAAAGCAACCUGGUGCUAUGGCCUGGACAAGCCCUUUCUGCAUCUAUGCACAACCUGCAGGCCCUUUGUUGGGGACCGUAGGGAGCUCCUGUGGCUGCCAGAGAUGGGGGUGGGCACUGAUCCUGCAGACCUGAACUAGCACCUAGAACAUGCCAGUUUGCCCCCACUGGUCUCUGCAGCUGUCAGCUAGAAGGACUAGAGUUAAACUGACUUGACAGGCGACAGAUGCUCACACUCGAGUGCAUGCUAGUUACCUUGGGGUUUAGAAAGCCCCUUCUCACACAAGCUCAUUUGCUCAGCACCAUUGGAUCUAUACACGCAGGUGCAUGUGUUGGUGUGUGUAUGUGUAUGUGCUCUGUUCAUAGUAUCCAUUCUCUUAAAGACCAUGCUAACCCUGAUACAGCUUUCACUUUUCAACAAGCUUCAUAACAGGAAAUAAAGUCAUAUGGAAAACACCCAGCAUGAACCUGA